AUGCCUAAGUCGUCGUUGAGAUCGAAGAGUAGAUUGGACGUCCUCGUGAAGUUGUUCGGGGAUGAGACAUUCUCAACGGAUGGCACUGUUUUACUUUGUAAAGUAUGCGAAAAAGCAGUGAAUGAAAUACACCAUGAAAGUUCUCCCGCAUCAAAGACGCUCCGGAAGACAUAUUUGAAAAAAGUCUAUGGAGCCACCAUCAACAGAAUCCGCGACUCCAUAGGCGAUUCUAGAAUUUGGGUGUCUAUGGACGAAACUACGGAUCUUAAAGGACAGUUCGUCGUGAAUACGAUAGUUGGCCGGAUGGACGCGUCAGAGCCUACGAAACCAUAUCUCUUGAGUUCGGAAGUAGUCGACCGCACGAAUCAUGCCACAAUCGCGCAAGCCAUCUGCAACGCCAUGAGUCUCCUUUGGCCAAACGGUGUGGUGCAUGAUCGCGUUAUCUUGUUUGUAACGGACGGCGCGAAAUACAUGAAAAAAGCUGCGGGUGGACUCCAGAUCAUGUUUCCGAAGAUGGUCUACAUCACUUGCGUCGUACACGGUGUCCAUAGAGUUUGUGAAGAGAUGAGGAAGCUCUUUCCGGAGGUCGACUCGUUCGUGGCCAACGCGAAGAAGGUUUUCCUCAAAGCUCCUUCACGUAUUCAGCGUUUCAAGGAGAUGGCCCCUGACCUCGCACUCCCCCCACAGCCUGUCGUCACUCGAUGGGGAACAUGGCUAGAUGCCACUUGUUACUACGCCGAUCACUACGAAAGGAUCGAAGCAGUCCUGCAGACUUUCGGGGACGACGAGGCAGUAUCGAUAUCGAAGUGCAGCGAUCUGCUGUCAAGCCCGCGCUUGAAACAGCAGUUGAUCUUUUUAUCCUCCAACUACAGAACCAUACAGGAGGCGAUCAGAAAACUCGAAUGCACACAACAGAGCAUGGAAACAACAUUCGGUAUUCUCGACGGGAUUAAAGCUUGUAUUCAGGCUGCAGCCGGACCAAAAGCGGUCCAGAUAAAGGAAAAACUCGACAUGGUGAUUCGCAAAAAUGAAGGUCAUCGCAUUCUCCAAGUUUCGUAUCUUCUCCGAGGUGAAGGAGACUUGGCAAGUCUGAAUAACCUGACCGUCGCCGAUUUGACAUCGUUCCGGUACGCUCCCUUAACGAGCGUCGAUGUGGAGCGCAGCUUCUCGAGAUAG